AUGAAGGUCACGAACGAAGGGUUCGCUUCGGCCCAUAAACACUUUAAAAAUAGGGAUCAAAAUUUUUUUGAUACUCUAAUCAAUAUUGGUCGGACAAUGGCAAGUUUCAUUGUACUCAGUGUUCUAAUCAUUGCAAUGAUGGUCAUGGGAAAUGAGUUUUCUGGUAUAUCUGAUGCUGAAAUAGAUCAACUUUUGAAGAAAUUGAAUAAACCAGCUCUUAAAUCCAUCAAGAGUCCAGAUGGAGAUAUCAUAGAUUGUGUUCAUAUGAAGAAUCAUCCAAUUUAUGAUCAUCCUUUAUUCAAAAACCACACCAUUCAGAUGAGACCAAGUUCUUAUCCAGAAGGAUGGGCAAAUGAAUUAUCAGACACCAAGAAACAAAGUAUGGUGGCUCAACUCUGGACAAUCAAUGGAAAAUGUCCAAAAAACAGUAUUCCAAUUAGAAGAACAAAAAGAGAAGAUAUUUUACGAGCAAAAUCAAUCGAAAUAUUUGGAAAAAAGGAUCCCAACAGCAUUCCUCAACUUAAAAAGGAAAAUUCACCUGGUAACAGAUCCACACAUGAGUAUGCCAUACUUGAAGUAAAAGUCAAUUCUCCUCGACAAAAGUUUCAUGGAGCCAAAGCGGGUAUAAAUGUGUGGAAACCUUAUGUACAAACGCCAAGAGAAUUUAGCCUAGCACAAAUGUGGGUUCUUGCUGGUACUCCUACAACACUUAACAGCAUUGAAGCUGGUUGGCAGGUGUACCAGAAUUAUUAUGGUGAUGACUACCCUCGAUACUUUGCUUACUGGACGGCUGAUGGAUACAACCGCACUGGCUGCUAUAAUCUAAGGUGCCCAGGCUUUGUUCCCGUUAGCCAAGUAGUUGCCUUAGGUGCAGCUGUUCCUCGAGUUUCCAUUUUGGAUGGUGAACAAGAUGUAUUUCUCACAACUAUAUGGAAGGAUUCUCACACUGGAAAUUGGUGGUUAAAAUUUGGUUCAAAUAUUAUUGGAUAUUGGCCUUCCUCAUUGUUCAAUCGUCUACAAACUGGUGCGACCAGAGUCCAAUGGGGAGGAGAAAUAACAAAUUAUAAAGAGGGUUCACAACACACCACAACCAAUAUGGGGAGUGGCCAAUUUGCAGAACAAGGAUUUAAAAAAGCUAGUUAUUUCAGAAAUCUUGAGAUUCUUGAUGAGAAUGAUAUAACGAAACCACCUACCAAUCCUUCUCCAAUAAUGACCGCAGCUAAUUGCUACAAUAUCAGGCCGGGUAUUCAUCCUCGCGAUGGGGUUUUCUUUUUUUAUGGUGGCCCUGGCCGAAAUCCAAAUUGUAUUUGAUUAAUCCAAGUUGUAAGCAUCUCGCAAUAUACAACCAUCAUAAUAAUAUAUAUGUGGUGGUCUCAAUAAGU